AUGGAACCACUCACACCAACCAAACAACCUAUUGCCAUCCGUCCAGAGCAUGUUGCUUCAUCGACCACAAAAAUCAAGGUGAAGCAACAUAGCGCAAGCUGGUCCAGCGGUAACUUCACAGUUUCAAGCACUCCAACUGCCGAAGAACCUCUUUUAAAGAAGCUCUUUACCGUUGAGGGGGAAAUUGCCUCAUGGUCUCAACGACGACAUUUUCGCGACGCCUCAGGCCUUCCCCUUUUCGAGAUAUCUCGGAAAAAGGCCGGGGUAACAUGGUAUCUUCAUCUCCCUGGCGAGAGUAGCAGCAAAGGAGAAAAUUCCGAGCCUAUUGCUACAAUUGUACCGAAAUGGAGCGCUCUCAAAGACAAGUUUGACGUGCAUCUUCGUAAUGCUGCCGCCAAUGGAGAAGAGACAAUACUGGAGGUCCGCGGACAGAAUGUCUGGAAGUCCAAGACAAACGUGUAUCAUCGUGGUAAAUUGGUGAUGAUAGUAAAACUGACGGAUGUGGCUGCGGUCUACCUACCCGGAAAACGACCGUCAUGGGAAGUAGUGGUGGCUGAAGGGAUGGACCUUUCGCUGGCUUCGAUUAUUGCUGUUCUUCUAGCUGCGAUGUUAUACCAGAGCAGUGAGGCACGAUCGGAUACCCUUACGAACACGAGUUACUGA